AGUUAGCAUACGGCAUGAAUAUUUAUCCCUCUUUUUAGUUAGCCAAAAUAAAGGUAUCUAGCACGAUUGCACUCGCAAAAUCUUUCGACGGUAUCACCUAAUUAGGUUUAAGUUUCAUGUAAUAAUAAACCAAUCAGACAACAUUUCUCAUACCAAACCCCGUUUCCUAUGUAAACUGUCAUGGCGGACGUGUAGUGGAUUUUGGCUCGUACUUUGAAAUUAUAUUUAUAUUCUAACCCAUAAAAUCAUUAUGUAAGUGCCUUGAAUUAACAAAAACCAUGGAAGACAACAAUGAAGAAGUUCCAGAUGACCAGGCUCUUGCUUCUAAGAGUUGGCUCAGACCCGCUAGUGCUUCCCUACAUCAACUAGACCAGGUCAAAGCAGCUGUGUACAACUUUGGACUUGGAGACCACAGAGACAUUAAAGCAACUUCCAGCUCUCUUAAGAAACGCUCCAACAGCCAUUCUGACCUGGAAAUAGCAAAAACAGAUGACACAUUAUCUGGGUUGCUCUCUCAGAAAACUGCAUGGGGCAGCAACUCUUCCAUUCCAGAGCUUAUGAAGCAGUUCAGUCAGAGGCAAAGGCCAGACAGUGGGCAAAAACACAGACCUUCCAGUGGCAAGAAAAACAAACUUCACGGCAACACCAGAGACCCUUCUAUUCCACCAGCUCACCCCGGGGAGCCCAGUAGGGUACCCAUUGGAGUAAAGGGUGCCAAGUUUGACCCAGAGGAGAGGCUUCCAAAGGGAUACUCCCCAUGUGUGGAUGAUGAUUUUUCCAGAAAACAUGUGGAACGGUCCCUUCAAGAAUUCAUGAAUAGCCAAGUGGACAUUACAAUCCACCAGUCCUAUGGAAAGCAGGGCCAGUCUUUACCCCCAGUACCCAGGACAUCUCCAGACUUGAUACAGAUGACAUCCACAGACACUGGCAGUGAGAUGGCACAAGAGGAAAUCCCACCACUGCCACCAGAACCACAAAGAAUCUCUCUGGAUCUUCCUAGUGCACAGUUUGAUGACAGAGACCCAGAGGAUGAGAUUGACACUGACAGGCUGUUGGGCAGUGAGAAUGGUGACAACAAUGUAGACGAUGACCUUGAGGUGAGAAGCAUAGCAAGCAGUGCCUCCUCUUAUGGAAUCAUCACAGUGCAGAAAAAGAAAGGAUUUGCCUAUGUACAUGCAAACGUAGAUCUGCCUUCAAAAAUUCUCUCGCGACCUCUCAAUGAUUACAUGGAUGUUAACAAAGAACAGGAAAGUGAACAGAAUGGUGGUCUUGAACAAAGUAAUGAAGAUGUUGAAAUGUCAAGACUUUUAGGGGAAGACAUUGAUGCUGUGGUUGCUGCUAAUGAUCUCCAGACUUCCAGUAAUUCUGGAGAUGGUUCUGGAUCUAUGCAGUCACAACCAGUCAGACGUGGCGUCACCUUUGCUGAGGAGAGGAACAUCACAGUACCUAUAACCCCUCGGAACCCUGAUCAAGCCCAUAGGCCCAAGAGUGGGAAAAUAAACCUGAAGAACAUCAAGAGUAGAGUAGACACAGGAGUGAAGGUAGACACGGACAAACUAAGACACAGGGUGGUUGAAAACCAAGCUCCAAGUCCUGCCCAGGAUAGAGACUUAGAGAUAAGUGGCACCAGUCGACCACCAAGAUUGAUUCGAGAUAAUGUCAUCUUCAACAGGGGCAAAGUGAGCAGUAAAACUGUGCUGAGGAGGCCUAAAUCUGCUGGUAACCAGAGUAAUGGGGAGAGGGGUGCAGAUGUGCCGACUGCAGAGGUAGAUUAUGGGGAUGAAGAGAUAGAGGAGAAAAGUCAACAGGGACCAAAUAAAAUAACACUACUAAGAAAACCUAGGAGGAAAGUUACAGAUACUGUCAUUUCUCAGAUGACACUCUCUGAUAGUGAGAAUGACCUUGAUGAUGGUUUGGAAGGUAAAGGUGAAGGUAAAGUUCAGGGUCAGGAGGAAAUACCAAGGUCAUGGUCACCAACCAAAGUGGUUUCCAGUAAGGUGAAGAAUUAUUAUGAAAUAGGCAGACUUUCCCAGUCAAAAGACCUGUUUGGGGCACCAACAGAAGAUGCUGUUCCAAGAUUCAAAAUAACAAAAACUCUAGAAUUUGAUAGAUCUGGGCUUAUAGAAUCAAAAUCUGUACAUCUCAUUGAAGGUCAGGCACAAAAACCAAAGGACUAUGUCCCUCCAACCCUGGUGGACAAUGGGGGAAGAACCUCUAGUUUACUACAUAGACCAAAGACUGCUAAUGUGAGUAGACACUUACUGCAGAGACCAAACAGUGCAAUAAGGCGUCCAGCCAGUGCUGUAUCCAGUGGGAACCAACUUGAAGAGCCCACACAGGGUGACCCUCUACAAAGACCAGGUUCUCGGAUAGGUCACGUCCCUGUGGCACCUGAUAAUGAAGCAAGUUUGGAUAGCCAGGGUAAUGCUCAAGAACAGCUAGCAACCCCACCAAAGAGACUUAAGCCAAUCACCGCAAAGAGGAGGGAGUUGUUCUGUGCUAAGGCUAAAAAAGAAAGUGGACAGCCUAGUGACAGUGUGAAACCUCUGGGUGUGCAACCUGCCAGAAAGGAGCCAGAGGUAGAGACACUGGUGUCAAGAGUGACGUCUGAUGCUUCUGCUGAUGUGAAUGAUACUGAGAGCCUUGGUGGAGGUGACACGUUAGACAUUGGAGACACAGAGAACAGUGAGCCAGCCCGCAGUGGCAGCAGACUGGACAACUUGAUAUCCAAGGAGCUUGGUAACAGGAUUACUUCACUUCUUCAUAGCAGCAAAUUGGCUGUGUCAAGGUCAAGGUCACCAUCUGGAGAUGAUAAUGCCAUAAAACCAGCAUCUGCCAUGGAAGAAGAAAACCUUGAAACAGAUACUGAUAAUUGUGGGAGUCAGGAAACAACCAGUGCCCAUGGAAACCACCAUGGGGAGCUAGAGCAGACAAGCAAUGCCCCACAGCAAGAUCAGUUUGGCAGCGUAGACAGGAGACAUUCAAAGAGUAGCAAACCCCCUGUAAACAGACCAACCACAGCAAGACAUGGAACACACUGCAAAGACAGAGAGUCCAAGCCCAGGCCCUUCUCUGCUGCCACUGAAACUCACAGGCCCCACCACAAAACUCAUCUCCGUGCACGCAGCCACUCAGCAGGCCAUACACGCAAGAAACAUGAAGAGAAACCUGCAAAAGUCAUUGAGAUAUCAACACGGAGAGACAUUGUGGAGGUGGAAACAGAAAAGACUAGAGAAGUGCGUGCAAUGUCUGCCAAGCUGAGAGAGAAGGGGGUCAAUAUUUCUGAGGACACACUGAAAAGAGCUCUUUUACCUCCAUGUGAAGAGUCUCUUUACAUUGGAACCAAGGUCCAUCUGCCUAAAUCUUGCUCAUUGGGCUUGUUGAACAGUCCAUCAGUUUGGUUGUCCAAAGAAUUUAAAAGACUAAAACUGGCAGAAAAAGCAGUUGAGAGGGCAAAUGAGCGCAUUUGGGAACAGAAACAAGAAGAAAAGAAGGCUGCCAGGAAAGCCCUGCUCGCAGAAACAGGUGGUCAUCUUAAUGACGCAACUAAGAAAAAGAGAAAGAAGUCUGGGAAGAAGGCACCUCACAAACGCAGUAGUACCAUGUCAUAGUAACACAGGGAGAAAUCUGUACCAGCUGGCUAGUACUAAUGUAUUGUCGUGCUAGGCCUGAUCAAUACAAGUGUAAUAUGCUGGGUCCACCGUCCUAAUGUCAUAAAUUAAUUUUGAAUUUAUAUUUUUGUUAAUAUGCAAUACUUUGAGGGUAAAUUUCCUCUCUUCAUAGGGUUUCCUUUUUCUUGUGUAAAAGACAAUAAAGAAAAGUUUGCUCAUUGAAAUGGUAUGAAAUGUUCAGAAAUAGGAAAUUAAUAAAUAGGAAAGGAAAAGUUUUCCUCCUCUUUUUCAAGCAUUUUCUGUUCAAAUGCCCGAUUUGUCAUUCCAAGAUAUUUAAUCAAAAUAGAUUGCUUAAACGGUAAUAUAAUAUAUGCCUCUGAAUUUAAUCUCUGUGCUUUAAGUAAAGUUAGAGCUUUUAUAUCCAGAAAUAUUUUUAAUCAACUACUGAUAAGUUUGGGAAUGUUGCAGCAACAAUACUGGAACAGGGCACAAAAAACAAUGUUAAUGCUCAAACUAUUUUUCUGAGAAAGUAACAAUGAGAUAAAAUAACUUAUCAUACAGGGUAGAACAGAAGUUUAUUUGAACUGAUCUCUGAUAAAUUACUUAGGAUGCAGAUUUUGUGUUUUAUAUUCCAACAUAGGUAGGCAUUUCUUGUGUGACUUGCUAUUGCAAACAUUUUUAUUAAGAUAUAGAUACGUGUACAUUUAUAAAAUGAAAAUUUAGUUAUUGAGAUAAAGUUUUCCAACUUAAGUUUUUUUUUAAUUACAGCAUACUUUCAAAUGAAUAUUUAUAAUUUUGGACCAUUUGAUGAGAGAUGUGAAUGCUGUUACAUAUUAAAUGCAAAUAUUUU